AUGGAGCGCUCCCAGAGCCGCAUCAGCCUGUCCGCGUCCUUCGAGGCCCUCGCCAUCUACUUCCCCUGCAUGAACUCCUUCGACGAGGACGACGGCGAACUUCUGAACUACAGUGGCAUGUGUCUGGCAUCGGACGCUCAGUUCAGCGACUUCCUGGACGGGAUGGGACCCGCCCAGUUUGUUGGGCGACAGACGCUGGCGACGACGUCGAUGGGUGACGUAGAGAUCGGCCUCCUGGAGAGGAACGGGGUUCUGGAGGUGGAGGUGGUGCAGGCCAGAGGACUCACCAUGAAACCAGGUUCCAAGGGACCUCCCGCGGCCUACAUCAAAGUGUACCUCCUGGAGAACGGGAUCUGCGUGGCCAAGAAGAAGACCAAGUCGGUGAGGAAGUCUCUGGACCCUCUCUACAACCAGGUCCUGGUCUUCUCGGAGAGCCCCCAGGGGAAAGUGGUCCAGGUGAUCGUUUGGGGCAACUACGGACGGAUGGACCGCAAAUGCUUCAUGGGCGUGGCUCGAAUCCUCCUGGAGGAGCUGGACCUCGGCGCCGUGGUGAUCGGCUGGUACAAGCUCUUCCCUACCUCCUCCAUGGUGGACCCCACCAUGGCGCCGCUCAUCCGCCACUCCUCCCAGAUGUCCCUGGAGAGCACCAUCGGACCCUGCUGUGAGCGACCCUAA